CGACCAUCUCGAAUAUUCAAAUCAAAAACAUCAUUAUCGUACCGGAUAUUCGGUGACACUAAAGUGGUUUCGCGAAAAAAUCGUAUCGGCCAAUAGAAACGCUGAGUUUGUGUACGCGCGUCUCAUUGGCUAAUACGAACGCGUUAACGCUAUAUAAAUACUAGAAAAUCAUCUGACUUCUCAUUAUUUAUUUUUCGUUUGUUGAAGUACGUUGAAUUUGUGUUUAUCGUAUUGCAAUGGCUCCUCCGAAAAGUGCUGGUAAAGCUGUGAAGAAAGCCGGUAAGGCUCAGAAGAAUAUCAAAAAGGACGACAGCAAGAAGAGGCAUAAGAAGAGGAAAGAAUCCUACGCUAUCUACAUUUACAAGGUUCUGAAGCAAGUUCACCCCGAUACCGGUGUCAGUUCGAAGGCGAUGAGUAUCAUGAACUCUUUCGUCAACGAUAUUUUCGAAAGAAUCGCCGCCGAGUCUAGUCGUUUGGCUCAAUACAACAAGCGGUCGACGAUUACCAGUCGGGAAGUCCAAACUGCUGUCCGUCUUCUGUUACCUGGUGAAUUGGCUAAACACGCCGUUUCCGAAGGUACGAAAGCUGUCACCAAGUACACCAGCUCGAAGUAAAUUCAACGAUGUUGUUUCAAAACGGCCCUUUUCAGGGCCACCAAUAAUAUUUCUUCUUCAAAAUAGUGAUGAAACCUGUGUUAGCUUGAUUGUUACUUCUGUUCAAUUUUGAAUGUUCGUAAUCGUACGUUCAUCUUGAUUGAACCUUUUCGAUAAAAUUAAAAUAAUACUCGUUAGUAAGGUAAGAGUGCUAUGUACUAUUGUACUAAAGACAAACAUAUUCUUGUGAAAAUUUGAAAGAAAUUCAUUUCGAUUUUCCUGCCUAAAUCGGUAAAUCCCAAGUUGAGUUCUUUUAAAUUAAAAAAUAAUUCGACCGGAAUAAUUAAACUUGAAAAUCAAUUCAUUAUUCAACUUCAUAGUUCAUCCCCUAGGGGUGCGAAGUAUCGACAAAAUUUGGUAUCGAUAGUAUCGAAUAUUUUCACAAAAAGUAUCGAUAGUAUCGAUAUGUAUCGAUACCAUUAAAAUGGAUAAAGAACUCAAUUAAAAACACUUGAAAACAGCACGCAAAUUCGGCAAAUUGAUAAAAAAUAAAACGGUUUCUCUUUCUUUCUGUUAAAAUGUUAAGAAAGAGGCAAACAACCGCAUCGCAUCACAAUUUCGAGUUCACUCAGCAAUUUUUUUUUUUUUUUUUUUGCCAAAAUGCCAUGCUUUGUUGGAAGGAAAGGAGAAUUUUUGGCUAUGAAUCAGGGAUGUAUACGAGUAUCGAUACAUAUCGAGUAUCGCCGUGAUGUAUCGAUACUUUCGAUACUUCCAAGGUAUCGAUAGUAUCGAAUGGGUAUCGAUACUUUUCGCACCACUAUCAUCCCCACUCUGUGAAACUUCAAUAUACUUCAAAUGUUCGA